AUGAGGCUGGAAAGGAGCAUUCCACACGGCUUAAGACAAACGACCAAGUAUAACUCUCCUACCCUUCGUUUUCUCCUCUGCUUUCUAUUGUUUUAUACUUUCCUUGCCCUAUAUGUGCGAGCCCGGUCAGCCCGCGACCCGGGGUCGAUUUUCUUCCAACCCUCUUCCUACGACCUCUCCUAUUCCGCCACGAGGCUCGAGGAAGCCGACGCAUUCAUCGACACAGUGGACCAAAAUCCAGACAUAGAGAUAUCGAAAGCAUCAAGCAACCCACAGCUAUGUGUCGGCUUCGCGACCAUCGCGCGUUCUGGACGGCGCUAUUUCAGGAGCGCCGUCGGUACGGUCCUCGAGGGUUUGAGCGAAGCUGAGCGCGCAGAUAUAUACCUGAUUACAUUCAUCGCGCACACAAACCCCUCGGAGCACCCGGCGUACAAUGAGACGUGGCUGCACAAAGUGUCGGAUCGAGUGCUGCUCUACAAUUCUACGGGCGUGGAUAUGGAGGUUGACAUCGACCAUAUUCGAAGCCUGGAGACCGAAGAGGCAAAGAAGGAUGCGAAAGAAAAGGCCCUUUUCGACUAUAGAUUCUUGUUGAAGGCGUGUGAGGCGGUCGGUGCUCCUUAUGUGGUCAUGAUGGAAGACGAUAUCGUCGCGCAGGACGGAUGGUACCACCGAACUCGAGCUGCCAUAGAGUCGGCUGAGGAGCAGACCCAGGAGAUUGAGGCCUCAAAAUGGUUAUACCUUCGUCUCUUCUAUACCGAAAAAUUCCUUAGCUGGAACGCCGAAGACUGGCCCGUCUUCCUCUCCUACUCUGUCCUGACUGUCGCCUUCGUCGCAUGUUCACUUACCGGCUUGCGACAAUACAAUACACGUUUGCGCACUAUCAUCCCGAAGGAAAUGAUCCUUAUCGCAUGUGGAAUCUGUACACCUCUUUUAAUUGGGCUCUUCUUCGCCGCUGGACAAGUGACGACGCGCCCUAUUCCAGAAGGUGUGCACCAGAUGCCACGCUACGCCUGCUGCUCGCAGGCGUUUGUCUUUCCCCGAGCACGAGUUCCCGAUAUUGUGGGUUGGUACACCGAGAAAGGCCGUGGAGAAGCGGAUAGUCUUACGGAGGAAUUUGCGGACAAGUAUAAUGAGAUCCGCUGGGCUGUGACACCAAGCAUUGUGCAGCACGUCGGGCGGACUAGCUCCAAGACGAGCAGAACGGAUUCCGUGGCAAGGCUUUGGAAUUUCCAGUUUGAGAUGAAUGAUCCGGAGGUCCUUCGCGAAGAGCAUGAUCGUGUCAAGGAUCAGGAAUAUGCCUAG